AGUCUUAGCUAGGUGCAUUGUAAGAAUAGUUGAAUGGGAGCCACGUGUAUAGAAUUAAAAAAGUUGAUAUCAUAACCAUUUAAUAGUGCAAGGUAUUUUUUAAGCAAUAAAGAUGAAUCCUAAUAAAUCCAAAUUAUCAAAGAGUAUUUUAGAAAUGAAGUUUAUGAGGAGGACAAAAGAAAAAGUUGAAAAACAGAUGAUAGAGAAAGAAGGAGAAGAAUACUUUGGUGGUCAAUUUUCAAUUAAAAUAAGCAGUAAAUCUGAUCAGUUUAUCAUUGAACCUAGUUAUGUGGUUUGUGAAGAACUGAUUGAAGGUAGACUAAGUUUCAAUGGUAUGAAUCCUGAAUUAGAAAAAUUAUUAGAAGAGGAAGAAAUUAAUAAACAAAUGGAAUUGGAGAAAAAACUAGAAACAGAUGUAACGGAUGAACAAAUGGCAGAUAAAUGGUUAUCGCUUAGAAAGGUAAAAAGAAACUUUAAAAGGCCAAAACAGACAGUAAAUAAAACUGGUCAAAUUCCGAAGAAAAAGGCAAAAUUUUUAAAACCAGUUGAUUAAUCUUUUUUUAAAAAUUAAUAAAUAUUUUAUUCCCUUCAUUUAUACGGUCAUUGGUUUUACGAAAACAAUACAUAAAUGGAACCAUGAAAAGUCAUUUAAAAUAAGGAUCCGUUCUAAAUUUUCAAAUACGUAUUUAACUUUUACUGAGGUAGAAAAAUAAGUUUACAUAAUUACGAAAUAAAUUAUACUGUGGAAUCAUAUUUUUUUUACAUAACUCAUUGUGACAUAUGGUAUCUCAAGUGCAUUAAAGUAAAUCUGUAUAAAUGGAGACCAUUUAAAUGAAGGGAUUACUGUAUAUAUAGAUUAUUAAAAUACAUAUUUAAAUAACUGCAUUUAAUUAUAUUAUAGCAAAGUCACUGUAAAUAUGUAUAAGUAUAUAAAAUAAGUAUUUUAUUAUUAAGGAUUUAUUAUUAUUAUUAAUAUACUUGAUAUUUUAUAUAUACUUUCACAAAGAAUUUGUAGGUCCAUCUAACAAAGUAAUAAAAGUAUCAACGCAUACACCUUCAUUACCAUCCUU